CCACUUGUUCUUCAAAAUCGGUUUAUUUGUCAACAAAAUGCUGAAUUUGCCAAACUUCAAGUGCCGCCAGACAAUACGAUGAUAAAUCUAUAAGUAAGCCGCAGUACCGUAACCCGUAAGUUGGCGAGCGUCCUCACGACGAAGCAUUGUUGUCAGUAGUUUACUUGCCCGCUGUCGCGGUUAACAUCCGCCAGCCUCGCUGAACGAGCGCCGCGCUUGCAGUUCGAACUUGGCGCGCAAACAGAACCCACUAGCGCGGUCAAGCCGUGCGCGGGCUCGUGAUUGGCAAACGAGGUUGAACGAACGAAAAAAGUUCCCUUGUGUUUUGUCAACUUUCGUUUAUUUUUAUUUACAAACUUGUUUUUGGGGAACAUGGACCUUGUGUGCGCGUAGUAUUUUUAAGUUUAGUGUAAAGUCAAUAGUUUAUUAGUUAAAUGGACAAUGUUAAGUGUGUAAAUACAAAACAAUUUCAGUGUGUGGUGAUUUACUUAACGAGGACCUAUCGGCUACAAUGCGGCCAGUGCGAAGUUUUGAAUAAAAAGCUUCGCAUCCUUUGUUUAGACGAAGACGCCUACGCUACGUUAAUGAACGUAUGAAUCGUAGUACGCUGUACUACGAGCAAUAAAAAUAUUUACAAUGGACGGUGAUAGAAAAAUACACAUCAGCGAAGGUGUUCCAUUGAACUCGACAGGUGCGGCAAACAUUUUUUUGAAUACCGGUAAAAGUACUGCUAAACUAAAUUCACCAGAUGGAACUGUCAUACAUCUAAAAACAGAGAAACCGGCUGACCUCGGCGUACACAUAAACACAACGUUCUCUGUUGCGUCUUCCAAGAAAAUAAGGCUGCUAUUUAUACUAAACUUUUUGUUCAGUAUAAUAUGUAUGAUACUGAGCUGUUCUGUCGCGUUAUACUACUGGAAUGAGAUGAUAUCAAUGAGGAAGCAACUAGACUUGAUAAGGGACCAGUUCCUAUUACAGAGUCUGGGCCCAGAUAAGGGACAAGCCAGCCCCCUGGUGUACCAAAGACCGCUGCAGGCUAGUGAUGUCCGUCACCCCAGGAUGGACAGUUCCAAAGAUGAGGAUAUUUUACCAAACCCAAAGAAGUACUUUGUAGAAAAUUUGGGGGAAGAUAUGCUAUUAGUGGACUCAACCAGAAAAAUCCCCAGGCGGGAAAAUCUUCCAGUCCAUGAUCUGUCUCUUGCUUCCAAAGAGCCAUUAGUAGUCCAUUUCAAUGGUGCAGUCCGAGAAGUCAACAUGGGCACACAAUCGUUCGUCGGGCCGUGGGUUCGCGACAUGGAGAUAUCCUCGAGAAACAGCGAGACCAAAAUAGAACUCAACGACAAUAGUAAUUACGUUACCAUCAAGGAGGAAGGACUGUACCUCGUUUACGCACAGGUAGUGUACUUAACGCAAAGCCCCAACUGUUACUUCCUCUGGGCGCGGCAGAAUGGGCAGGCGCCGCGACUUCUGACCACGUGCGCGAGCGGCGACGACUCGUCGCGGCGGCCGCUCGACAAGUCGCAGAUCUCUUGCGCCGUGCAGACUGUCGCACGACUGUACAAGGGCGACAUAGUCAACGUCGCCCAGAGAGAACAGAACAAAACUCUCUGGCUCAGACCCGGAUACUCUUACUUCGGAUUCAUCAAACUAAGUUCCUAGCGAGGCUGUGAAUAUCAUAAGAAUACAAUCGGAUUAUUUAAGGUUUAAUCCACUGAAAAACGGAUGUAAAAAUGGUGCUAUUUAGAAACGUAAGACGGACAAAGAACUUGGAAGUGAUUGGAGUGCCAUAUGUACGUUAAUCGAUUGCAUACAUCACAUUGCAUUGUAUAGUAAUCGUAUUUAGUCACUUGUUACGUUAAGCCGCGAACAAUGAAUGAUUGUUUAGGAAUUCAAUUUACAUGUUAAUAUAACAUGCUCAAUUUGUUUAUUUGUGUAAUAAUUAGGAAUAUGUGAUCUCUCUAACGUCGGUCGAAGAUUACCCCACAUUUCGCGAUCGUAGACCGUGUUUUGUUUUGUUUUGACAAAGUUUUUUUAUUAAAACCAGCAGAUGAAGCUUUUUUAAC